GGGAGAAAGAGAAGAGACGAUAGAGAGAAGGUAGGAGAAGGAGGGAGAGUUGGACACGACGACAAGGGGAAGUCACAUGGGGGGAGGAGUGGAUGGGGGAGGAUGGGGUUGGAAGGAGGAGGGGAAAGGGGUUGGGAAGGGGAGAGGAGGAGGAAGGGGGGAAGGGAGCGCAGGUGCGGUAGCGGAGGGAGGACGCGGAGCGGAGUGCGGAAGCGGAGGUGUUUUUGGGACUAGUAGCACCACCAGCAACUAUUCGUCGGGCGGAAGACCGGCGGGCGCGGGGGGCGCCCUCGAUACAGUCGGCGGCGCAUCCUCCGCCAGCGCUGCUUACAAAGGCGGAACUCGAGGGGUGGGUGAAUCUGGGAAAUCUUCAUCUGGAAGCAGCUCCCACUCGCAUUUGCAGAGACAUCCCGCCGUCUCUUCGUCAUUACCAAUCAACGGGAGAAUUGUGUCAUCGUCGAGCAAUGGAGAGGGAGGCCGGGAAGGGGGAGGAAGAGAAGGGUGCAUGGGGGCGAAGAAAGGAGGGGGAGGCGGGGGAGGGGGAGGGGGAGGUGGAGGGGGAGGGGAGGAACCCCCAUGGAAACGGCUUAGGACAGCGGACGAGUCAGGUCCCGCAGGAGCUUCCGACGUGUGCGGGGGCACUGGGGGGGAAUUAACAGCAGCGCCGGCGGGCGGCGACCUGCAGAAAGGCGGGAAUUGCACCAACACGUCGGCGUAUUCUUCGCCGGGAUCGCAGAGUGGACCUCAAUCGACGGGUGGGAGUCUCAGAUACCGACCGUGGCUCUUCAAGACGCGAUUAUGUGCGAAAUUCAUGAGUGACCGAAUGUGUCCGUACAGCGACGGGUGCAGCUUCGCCCACGGGAACCAUGAGCUGCAGACCCCGCCUCCGCCUUUCGUGAGUGAUAUGGCCGGGCCAGGAGUAUUGGGAGAGGGAGGGGGCGGAGGAGGAGGAGGAGGAGGAGUAGCUGGAGGAGGAGGAGGUGGAGGAGGAGGAGGAGAUGGAGGUGGGGGAGGACAGUACGGCAGCGGGAAUCCGAGGAAGCUGAGAGCGUGUAUGAAAUUCAUGAAGGAGGGGAGUUGUCCCUACGGGGAGCGGUGCUGCUUCUGGCACGAUGAUGGGACGUCUAAACCACCAGGUGGAGUACAAGGAAUGUCAGCUUCGUCGUUUACCAAAUUAGGAAUAAAGCCGCCUAAUUGGAAAACGAGAUUGUGUAAUAAAUGGGAGGCAAACGGGGCCUGCUUCUUUGCGGAUAGAUGUCAUUUUGCGCACGGAGAGGCUGAGCUGCAACCAUUCAACGGUCCUCGGCAACCAUACCAUUCACCCGAACAGCUUUUCUAUGGCUUCCCACCAUUCAAUGGUCCUCCACCACAGCAACAGCAGCAAUCGAACCUUGCAUCUCCUCUCCCUCCUCUUUCUCCUCCCAAUGCACCGUUUUCAUCGCCAGUACCCCGACGAGCAAGCAGUUUGGGACUCGGAUCUGCGUCAGCAGGAUUGCUUUCUGCCGACCCCUCCCUGCCCUCAGGUGUCCGGCCAUCGUCCAGUCCUGGUGUGUCGUUGGCAGCAGGUUCUUCUGCUUCUGGGUCUGGUCCGGUUGUAGGAGGCAGCAGCAGCAGCAACUUGUCGACGCCCAUGGUUUCACCCGCGUCAAGCUCAGCAAACGUGGAAGGAAAGCAGUCCCAAACCUUGUCAUCAUUGCCGGCUACGAGGACUGUGCCGGACCUCAGGGCAGGUACGGCCGCCACAGGGGUGGACAGCCCCGCUGCGCCUUUGGCAGGGCACAGAUUCGUGGCUCAGCAACAAACAACCUCCAGUCGAAGAGAGGGAGGAUUAGGAGGAGGAGCAGGAGGCAGUGGUGGUGGUGGUCCUGCGAGCAGAGUAACUGUUGAGAUGAGUGUCGCCCUCCAGACUGACAGUCAGCUGGCCCACGGCUGCCUUGAGCAAUCUCAAAGUCAAAGCCGCCGACCAGUCGGUGGCUUGGGGAGGGGUUAUUCAGAAGGGGGAUUUAAUAUGUUUGCUUAUGGGGAUUGCCCGUUCGACGAAGCAGAGGAUGACGGGCUACAACAGGUAUACGCGCAGCACGUGAUUGCUCCCGGACCAUCAAGCGCAAGCUUUCAUGACCCAGGUGCAGUCCGGGGAUCUGCCGUAGUUCCCAUGCCCAUGCCCUCCGCUAUUCCCGAAGAACAGUGCCAUGCCAGUGCGGCUGUCGCAGGAUCUGGGCAACUGCCAGAGGAAACAUGGAGCCCUCCAGGAAUCGUUAGAGGUAGGGGAGGGGGUGGAGGUGGAGGUGGAGGUGGAGGUGGAAGUGGAGGUGGAAGUGGAGGUGGAGAGGGAGGAGCGGGCACUGGAGUAGAACCACAAGUGGAAGAGCGCAUUGGCACGUCAGCCAUAGGGAGCGAUUCCAAGGGCGGUGGGUUGGCUGCUGCCAAGGCGUCAACAUCGGCAUCCGGAUCUCAUCUCGUUUAUCAGCAGGGGGAGCAGCUAGAGGCCGGUGUUGAUCAGAGGGCUGGGUCGUCAGUAGCGGGAGCACCAGCAACAGUUGCAAGUGGAAGCCGAGGACAGGGAGGAGGAGGAGGAGGAGGAGGAGCGUCUGUGGGAAGAGUGCAGAAGAAGGCGGAAAAAGAAGGAUUUGGAAGAGGGGGGGGGAGGGGAGGGGGAGGGGGAGGGGGAGGAAUCGGCACUCAACAAGGCGUUUUGACUGUGCCAUUCUUUCGGUUUUCCUCGCCGACCGGGGCAGCUGGCCGGGGCAAGUAGUCCUAACUGAGGAGAAGGAGAGUAGAGGUAUGGAGACAUCAUCAGGUAUGUGGGAGGGUUUAGCUGGAGAAGGGGAGAAGGUAUGGGCACCAUUGGGUGGCGGUGCGUUGAGGAGGAGCUGAAGGUGAAAAUCGGUGAAGCCUCGAACGCUUGCAACUGGGAGGAAGCUACAAAUAACUAGAAAUCAAGUAGAACAGAGAGCCGUAUUGAAGGUGUCUACCUCGUACGGUGGGGAGAGGACUCGAGCACCGCUGGCACAAUCAAGGAGAUCCCUGUAAGGUAUAGGUCAAUCAGACGACGACUAGUAGGAGGGGUUGCAGCAGAGAAGGGUGCUGAGGGUAGCACUCCCCGAACAAAUGGUGUUCUGGAGA